AUGGGUGAGACUGGAUACUUUGACAUAGUAGAGGGACAGACUCUUCCCGCUGGCAUGCUUCAGUACAUUCGGCUUGUGGCUCUUAGCGGUUCAGAUGCGUUCUUGCUAGAAUCUAUCUUCAGAAACGCCAUUUGGGGACAUCUUGAAUUGCCUGUAAGUCGUUCAAACGAGGAACUUAUCUGCCGUGUUGUCAGAGAUGCCUGCAAGUCUGCUUUGUCUGGUUUUACUACCACCAUCGAAGAGGAUGAGAAGUUGCUGGAAGAAGGAAAACUUGAUCUUAGGAUGGAAAUGGCUGUCAAGAUAAGGAUGGGUGAGAAGAAGGUGCUUCAGCAAAUCGACCAAAUCUUCAAGGAUAGGGAGCUUGAGCUUGAUGUGCUCGAGUAUUACCAAGAGAGAAGGCUCAAAGAUCUUGGUUUGGUUGGCGAGCAAGGCGAAAUCAUCUUCUGGGAAUGA